UCAAACAAAAACGCCAAUUUUUCAAAACACAUCAAACUUUGAGCUUUAAUAUCUUUUAAAUAUUUGGAAUUACCAAAAAAAACAUAAGAGAUCUUUUUUAAAGAGCGGUAAAUUUCCUACAGAAAUAUGUAUUAGUUAUGGCUGUAUACUUAUUUUUAAGGAGUAAUAAAAUUUGUCUCGUUGUACUAAAAUUAAAAGUAUCAUUACUGAGGCAAGGUUAAAUGGCAUUGGAUUAAACUUUUUUUUUAUUAUUUUUGGGUCACAAAUAAAUGAUUCGUAUCACGGCCGAGUUAAAAUAUCAAAUUUGGGAAAUAACAAACAGCACCCUAAUACGUACAUAUAGUCAGUUCAACUACCAAAUGGUAGUAAAUUUACAUGAAACGAUUAAUUUUCGAUAGUAUUUCGAUAUGCAACGCAUGACGUAUCGACACUGUAGAGCAUACCCACCUCAAAGCUGCGAACCACCCCUUGAUCAAGUAAUCAUGGUGUCUAAUAGCCUAGUCCAGAGUCUAUAAAAAUAUGUACUAAAUCGCAGCUACUCUGAGUUUAUUCCAAAGGACAAGUUAAUGUUCGGAAAGCGUAUCACUUAAUCCAGAAAAUUUGAAUUAUACUUUACAUUUCUGAGUUUUUGUAAUACAAUAUAUGUAUUCAAAUAAUGAUAUAAAAACAUUUAGUGAUAAUGGUAAGGAUAAUAAUUUUUAUUAUGAUAAAAAAAAAUUAGAUAACAGUGAUAGGGAUUAAGUUAAAACGGUAAUUGCAGAAAGUGAUAAUCAUAAUGUAAAUAAAUAAAAAGUAAUAGUGAAAAGCUCGGUGAAUAUAAGAGAUAAAGAAUUGAUACAUUCAGCAGCCACCAUCAGAUAGAAUAGAAAUUUUAAUACUCAAUGUCAAUUAAAUUUUGACGCUAAAUGCACUUCGGACUGCGAAUAAUGAAAUAACAGUGAUUUAUAGUAACUUCUAUUACUAUUUCUUAGGAAAGUGAUUCUCGAUUUCUACACUGUAAAAAAUCACCGGGAAUCAAAAUUAAUUAUCAGAGAAGUUUAAUAUUGCGCCGACUACAGGUCCGCAUUGUAGAAAAAUUCCCUCUACAGUCAACGAUAUCAAUCAUAAUGCAGCAGAUCAAUUCAUCGGAUGUAGAAUCUAAAAAAACAAAAAAAAUGCUAAUAAUGGAUAAAUAUUCGCAAGACAAAACUCCAGAUAUUUGUCGAAGAAAAUUCAAUACAGCGAGUAAUUCAAAGAAACACGUACAAAUUCAUACUGGCGUAGCUGCAUACGAGUGUGAAAUUUGUAAAAAGAAAUUCACUAGAAAAGAUUAUCUGGGACGUCACAUGGUUAUUCAUACCGGUGAAAAGAUGUAUGAGUGUGAAAUUUGUAAAAAGAAAUUCACUAGAAAAUAUUAUCUGAAAAGUCAUGUAGGUAUUCAUGCCAGUGAAAAUAUGUUUGAGUGUGAAAUUUGUAAGAAGAAACUCACUAGAAAAGAUUAUCUGAAAAGUCACAUGGGUAUUCAUACCGGUGAAAAUAUGCAUGAGUGUCAUAUUUGUCUAAAAAAAUUCAAUACAGCGAGUAAUAUGAAGUUACACAUGCGUAUUCAUACUGAAAAAACCUCAUAUGAGUGUAAAGUUUGUAAAAAGAAAUUCACUAGAAAACAUUCUCUGAAAAGUCACAUGGGUAUUCAUACUAGUGAAAAUAAGUCUAAGUGUGAAAUUUGUAAACGACAAUUUACCAGAUACUAUUUAAAAAGUCACAUGAAAAUUCAUACCGGCGAAAAUAUGCAUGAGUGUAAUAUUUGUCGAAAAAAAUUUAGUACAACGAGUAAUAUGAAGCUCCACAUGCGUAUUCAUACUGGCACAACCUCAUAUAAGUCAUAUAAGUGUGACAUUUGUAAUAAGAAAUUCACUAGUAAACGGUCUCAAAUAAAUCACAUGAGUAUUCAUACCGUCGAAAAUAAGUCGGAGUGUAGAAUUUGUAAAAAGAAAUUCACUAGAAAUGAGAAUCUAAAAAUUCACAUGGUUAUUCAUACCGGUGAAAAUAUGUGUGAGUGUGAAAUUUGUAAAAAGAAAUUCACUAGAAAAGAGAAUCUAAAAAUUCACAUGGUUAUUCAUACCGGUGAAAAGAUGUAUGAGUGUAAGAUUUGUAAAAAGAAAUUCACUAGAAAAGAUUAUCUGGGACGUCACAUGGUUAUUCACACCGGUGAAAAGAUGUAUGAGUGUGGCAUUUGUAAAAAGAAAUUUACUACAAAAUAUCAUCUGAAAAGUCACAUGGGUAUUCAUACUAGUGAAAAUAAGUCUGAGUGUGAAAUUUGUAGACGACAAUUUAACAGAUACUAUUUAAAAAGUCACAUGAAAAUUCAUACCGGCGAAAAUAUGCAUGAGUGUAAUAUUUGUCGAAAAAAAUUUAGUACAACGAGUAAUAUGAAGUUCCACAUGCGUAUUCAUACUGGCACAACCUCAUAUAAGUCAUAUAAGUGUGACAUUUGUAAUAAGAAAUUGACUAGAAAAGAUUAUCUGAAAAGUCACAUGGGUACUCAUACCGGUGAAAAUAUGUAUGAGUGUGACAUUUGUAAAAAGAAAUUCACUAAAAACGAUUAUCUGAAAAGUCACAUGGGUAUUCAUACCGGUGAAAAUAUGUAUGAGUGUGAAAUUUGUAAAAAGAAAUUCAUUAGAAAUGAGAAUCUAAAAAUUCACAUGGUUAUUCAUACCGGUGAAAAUAUAUGUGAGUGUGAAAUUUGUAAAAAGAAAUUUACUAGAAAAGAUAAUCUAGAACGUCACAUGGGUAUUCAUACUGGUGAAAAUAAGUCUGAGUGUGGAAUUUGUAAACGACAAUUUACCAGAUACUAUUUAAAAAGACACAUGGAAUUUCAUACUGGCGAAAAUAUGCAGGAGUGUAAUAUUAGUCAACGAAAAUUUACUACAAAGAAGAAUCUGAUGAAGCACAAGCGGUGUAUUUCUUCUGCUAACAUCAGCCAAACAAGUUUGAAGCUACCAUUGGUACUAAAAAGCCAGAAGUAUAUUUCUUCCGGUAAAAAAAUAUAUGAAUGUAAUAUCUGUAAAGAAAAAUUUUUGGAAUUAUCUAAUUUGAAAAUGCACAUGCGUAUACAUUUAGGCGAUAAGCCGUACGAGUGUAAUAUUUGUCAACGAAAAUUUACUGAAAAGAGUAGUUUGACGAGGCACAAGCAGCGUUUCCAUACCACACAUGACUGUAUUUCUUCUAAUAAAAAACCGUAUGAGAAUAACAUCAGUCAAAAAAGUUUGAAGCUUCCGUCGAUACUGAAAAGCCUCGAGUAUAUUUCUUCCGGUAAAAAAAUAUAUGAAUGUUAUUUCUGUGAAAAAAAGUUCGGUCAAGAGAAUAGUCUAACAUUUCACAUGUAUACGCGUCAUUAUAACAAAAAAACGUAUGAGUGUAAGAUUUGUCAAGCAAGUUUCAAACUUCUGAUUGAACUUAAUUUUCACCUGUUUCUUCACAAAUACACAAAUUUGUACAAAUGUGAUAUCUGCCGAGAAGCAUAUAUUAUAAAGGAUUGUUUGAAACAGCAUAUGUAUACACAUACCGGCGAAAAAUUUUACGAAUGCAUUGUUUGUCUUAAAGAAUUCUCUCGGACUGGUCUGAAACGCCACAUCCAGAACAUUCACGUUGACUACAAUCGAUAUACAGGUGACAAUCCAAUCAGUUAAACCAAUUUAACACUCACAGGCGUCUUCAUAUGAAAGAUAUGCUUUAUAAGUGUGACCUUUUUUGUCAAAUAAAUGA